AUGAAAAAAAGAGUAGACAAAACAAGAAAAGAACAUACACUUAAAGAAAAUGAGUUAGUAUACAUAGAAAAUGGCAACAAAAUGAAUAGGAACAAGUUGGAUGAAAGUUUUCAUAAGAAAAAUUUGGAACGCAAAAAAUCCGAAAUAAAAAAACAACUUUUUGAGAUAUCUUCUAAUACUACUGCUCGACCAAAUUUAAAAAGAAAUUCAUCCGAAGAAGAUGAAAAAGUCAUAAAAAAGCCAAAAGUUAGUUCUAAUCCUUUGACCUUAAAUACGCCGAAUGACGUAAAUUUACUUGCUCUGUCCACUAUUGAAGUAAUAAAAGUACCAGAGAAAGAAAAAGAAGUAAUGCAAGAUCAGAACACAAAAUCUCUUGAUCAGUAUAAUGCACCUUCAUUUAAGUCGCCCACAUCAUGGUAUACUUCAGACACAAUUAAUGAGUACAUUAAAAUGAUAGUAACACGGUCAGAAGGUGAAGUUUAUGCAGUUGUCACUGAUUUUAUUAUAGCGUAUCUUCGAGGAGGUUAUCCAGCUGUAAGAAGAUGGAUAAAAAAAGAUAUUCACACAAUAAAAUUACUUUUUGUGCCCAUGAAUGUAUAUGGGAAUCAUUGGAUAUUGACAGUGGUUAAUAUACCUGAAAAGACUGUGACAUCAUAUGAUAGUCUUAAAUCGUAUAAGGGUCCUUAUCAAAUGGUAUUAAAAAAUUUCUUAAUUGAAUGGGAGAUGGACAAAAAAGGAAAAGCUUCUACAUGGACAUUACAAAUAGGCGAGACAUCUCGCCAAACCAAUGGACAUGAUUGUGGGCCAUUUACUAUUGAGCUGGCAGAAAAAAUGUCUCGAGGAGAUACAACACCAAUAAAUGCAAAUUUUAUGCCUUAUAUAAGAUUAAGACACAAAAAUGAAAUUAUUGCUGGCGAGCUAUUCUUUUAAUAUUUUUAUGAAUGAAAUUUUAUUUUUGUAUUUUAUAUCAAUUUACUUAAUAUUCACUAUAAAUUGAAAUUUUUAUUUGUAUACCACCAAACAUUUUUUUACUUUUUCUAUGUUUAAUUGAUGUUUUGUUAUUUUAUUUUAAUCUUAUUUUUCUUUGUAACAUUAUUUCAUUAAAUAAAUUCAAAUUUAAUAUAAAUUUAUCUUAACUGAAAUAAUUUAAUGUUCUUGUUAUGUGAAUAUACAAAUAUU